UCAAAAGAGGAGGAUUUUAUAAAUUUUUACUCCAUUAAACAGAAAAGAAUGUCGGCACUUCAGACAGCACCACCUACCUCUGAAUCUUCCUGAUCUACAUUAACUCCUCCUCCAUCUUCUUCUUCCUCUUUUACUUUACUGUUUUAUUUUUUUUAAUUUUUCUUUUUCUUUUUGCUCAUUUCAGAAAUAUUCUUUUUCUAACACCAAAAAUGAAUUUUUGAUCAGAAUUUUGGAUCUAUCCUCACUGAUUUCCUCUCUUUUUUGAUCAAUCAAAACCCCCCCAGUGUUUUUUUCAGGGGUAUUGGUAGUGGGGGUGGUGAGAAAUGAGACAUAGUAAUCAUCAUCUUCAUAAAAAUCAAAUCUUUGAUGAAGAUGAAGCACAAUGUAAGAUCCGAAAAAGAGGGUGUUCAUCAUCUGCAUCUUCAUCAGCUUCUUCAUCUUUACUCCUUCACAAUUACAGAUUUAACAAAAGACCAAUCUGCACCACCUUACUAGGAGGAGAAAGACCUAAAAAUAACACCAACAGCAAUUCAAGAUCAACUACACCUGUACCCAAUUGGAAAAUCAUGAUGAAUUCAAGAUCAUCCUCAUCUCCUAAAUAUCUACCACCACCACCUGGUAAUGGUGGUAGUAGUAGAUUGGGAAAAUUGCAGCAGCAGCAGCAGCAACAUUCUCAUCCUCCACUAGUUUCAGCCAGGAAAUUAGCUGCUACACUGUGGGAAAUGAAUGAAAUGCCAUCAGCAGCCUCACCUAAGAUUCUAGAAUUAGAACAUAAAGAAUUGACUAGUAGAAGAAGACGGGGUAGAGGUAGAGCAAGUGAAAGGAUCCCUAAUUCUGGUCUAUCUCAUUUAUCCGAUCCGUCGCACAGCCCGGUUUCAGAUAGGAUGGCUCAUUCCAGAAGAGCUUCCACCACUUCCCGAAGGCUGCGUCAUACUGAUCGUCACCAUUGCAAUGACGGCGGACGAGGAGGAGAUUGUGAUUCUAUAAGCAGUGCUAGUUAUAUGGAGAUUGAGAUGCGUUCUAGAGGCCGAACCCCACCUGGUUCAUCUACCGCAGGAGUCAAGACUCGACUUAAGGAACUUAGUAAUGGUUUGACUACAUCCAAAGAACUUUUGAAAAUACUUAACCGUAUAUGGGGUCUUGAAGAACAACACUCAUCUGGUGUAUCACUCAUUUCUGCCCUGCACACCGAGAUUGAACGCUCCCGGUUACUGGUUGAUCAGAUGAUUCGUGAGAAAAGAUCUGACAGACAUGAGAUUGAUGAACUUGUCAAACGUCUGGCUGAUGAGAAGGCAAUGUGGAAAAGUAAAGAGCAAGAGAGAAUGCGUGCAGCGUUUGAUUCAGUUGCAGGAGAACUUGGGGUAGAAAGAAAACAUAGGAGAAGGACAGAUAUCUUGAUCAAAAAGCUUGGCAUCGAGCUAUCUGAGACCAAGGCGGUGCUGUUGAAGACAAUGCAGGAGCUCGAGAGUGAGAAGAGGAAAAGACAGAUGAUGGAACAAGUUUGUGAUGAAUUGGCUAUAGCUACUGGAGAAAAUAAAAUUGAGGCCGAGGAGAUAAAGAGGGAAUCUGCAAAGGUUUGGGAAGAGGCAAAGAAGGAAAAGGAGAUGCUACAACUAGCAGAUCUCUUGCGAGAAGAGAGACUCCAGACGAAGCUUUCCGAGGCUCAGUAUCAGUACGAGGAGAAAAAUGCAGAUGUGGACCAGCUGGGCAGUGAGCUCGGAGUAUUUCUAAGCAAUAAAAUGGUCAAAGAAAACCGAGGUGCAUCUGUGAUUCUUCCGAGCAAUAAGGAGGAAAUGGAGGCCUAUUUAAGUAGAAGACUCCUGGCCUCGGAUCAGAAUCAAUUAGAUAGUGAAGAUGAUGAAGGAGAAUUGGAAGAUGGAGAAGAAUAUGAAGAAGAGGGGCGACACACCGAAGAUGAUGAAGACUCUGCUGACAGUGAUCUAAUUGAAUUGAAUGUAAGCAAAAACCGUAGGGGCCAUGGGUGGAGAAGUUACACUAAUGGGUUGGCUGCUUCUGAUAAUCAGAGGAGAGCUUUGGCUGAAGAAGAGAUAAAAGGUGGGAGGAAUUCCUUGUCGGAGAGAAUACAGAGGGGAAGAGUAUCUCUUGAAAGGCGAGGCUCAGGUGGAACUGAUUUAGAAUAUGGCAGAGAAGAUUCUUCAAAAUGGGGAGGUGGGUUUGGUCAGAGCAAACAAAAUCUGGGAUCAGAGGACUAUGAAGAUAAUAAGGAUCAUGGGUAUAGAUCUGCAAAGGGUCUUAGAGACCAUGUAUUAUCUGAUUCAAGGACACAGUCAAACGAUGGGUUUGCCAGUCCGACAAGGAAAUGGGGACAGAUAUUAUCUUCACGACAUCCAGGGAAUUUAGCCGCUCAUGGAAAACCAGCUGUUGUGCCUGAGAGUGCUCCGAAGACGAGGCUUGUGGAAACCGCAAGAGUAGAAGGGCGGAAUUCGAGGCGUUCAAGACAGUGAGAAGUUUUCUUUCCUUAACAAACGGUUGCAUUGCUUGUAACUGUCUUUCUUUCUUUCCUUCCACCCACCAGCUCCCCCUUUUCUUUUAUCUGAAACUUGGUUAAUUAUUGAUCUCUAAACUAUGGAAAGUUAGGACCAAUUCUGUCCAAUAGAUUUUGCUAAAACAUGGAACUGUUGCUAUGUAAAAUGUACAAAAGAGCUACUAGUCUUACUUGACAAUAAUAUGCUCAGAAAUACAACAAAUUUUCUUCUUCUUUUA